GUUGCAUGGUUUGGCAUCGGUAACAAACUUCUCACGAAAUAUAUUGUACAGCAUGGUACAGAAGCUGAAUGGGCCAAGGUAUUUUAUAUGUCGGGUAUAAUAGCAGCUUUACCGGUGGUAGUAUUUACAAUGUGGGGCUCCAGUGAGCGUCAGUGGUGGUCAGCGCCCAGUUCAAAAACCUCAACACACAGCCUGAACACACAAGCUACAGUGGUUUCCAAUUGA